ACGUAUAUACUGAUAAUAAAUCAUAUAAAAGCCGAUCCACUAGGGCGGGGAGCGCAUUCCAGUUUUAGAAGCAUUGGGAAGAUGUUCGGGAAAACAGUAGUUGUUGUUGUGCUCUUAACGCUCGUCAAGUAUGCAUCGCUUCGAACGGUAGAAGAGAAAUCGACACUGCUUAGUGAAUUGGAUCCGCAGAAUAAACCGCCGACACUGCAGAAUGAAUCGACACAGCUGAAUAAAGCGGGUAAUCCUAUAGUUAACAACGGAAAUGCACCGAAGCCGCCUCGACGUAGAAUCAUUCGAUAUCUCAACUGUUCUGAUUUGACUGAAUAUUCAUUGGCAGACAAUACUAUUGAAAUAAGUAAUUUCAUUAUUCUGGCCGCGGAAAGACCUUGCUACAUAAAAGCGUCGGUAAUUAUUUUGGAUAACAAUCAUUUUUCCGAUGACCAAAAUCAUUAUCGCAUAACUGGAAAGAAAAUAGUAAUAGUAAAUAAUGAUUUCAAAGGACCGGAGCAAUAUUAUGUCAUAGCUGGAGAUAAUGUAGUUCUAGAUAAUAAUACAUUUCGAGGCAACUAUCAAGAUCAUUUAAUAGUGGGAUAUAACGUCACUGUGAUCCACAAUGUAUUUGAGGGUGAAUGCAGACUCCACAAAUACGCAGCAACUGAUAUCCUGAUGUUGGAUAACGAAUCUAAAGGAAAUCCGUUUUAUGAUAUGGUUCUGAAAAAUCCCCCGAACAUUAUGCACGAUAUGUAUCCUGAAGAUCUGUCAAAUCAUAAAACUGAAGCCUUUAAUGAUAUAAAACCACAAAUGAAAUACAGUUCAAGUAUAACUGGUACAGGAUACUCUAACGUAUCGCUUCAUUACGGUGUCAGAUUUCCACAAGAAAUGAAGUUUGCACCAAGUAUUAGACUUCCUAUACAUUCCAAUAAAGCACUGAUAAAUUUCAUUACAACUUGUCGUCUGCUUAAUGAAAAUCACAAUUGAAGAUAUAAGGAUUAUUAAACCAAUCUGAUUUAUUGACAAAUAACAUGUCUACGUCUUUUUACGUCUUUAACUAUCUAUACAACAGCUCGCUCAGGCUUGUAUUUGAACACUUGGAGUUUUUACAAUGAUCACCAGAACUUGAUUCCAAGCCGCCUGUAUCUUGACCAGGUUUUCUGUGGUUUUCUUGUUCACUGUGCUCCGGAGCGAGGCACAGGCGAAUGCCGGUACAGUGAAGUUACUCAAUGGCCACAGUUUCUAUUCAUUUGUUCAAAUUAAUUCGUAGAUUAUUUGAUUAAUGUAAAGAUCGUGUAUGUAUAAUAUAAUAUUAAUGUAAUAAAAUAAAUAU